AUGUCGGAAUCGCUCACAAAGCAGCUCACCUUACAGCGCUCAAUCGAACGAGCGCUGGAGAACUUUAAGAAAAUCGGAAAGGCGAACCUCACCGCGGCGAAGAUUCGUACUCGGAUCGCGUCGCUUAAGGAGAAUUGGACGCAAUACCAAAACGGGCACGCUUUCCUUUCUGUGACUGUUGCGACGAAGGACAAGACAUCUAUGGAGUACUUCCUGGAUAACUUCUUCGAGGCCACUGAGGACGUUUACAACGCCACUUGGGAGCAUUUUGCGGAGUGUCUCGAAGACUUGGAACCUGUCGUAAAUCAAAAUCAGUCUCUUAAUUCUUCCUCGUCGGGCUCGCUGCCUGCGGACGUACCGUCGUUGUCUCAGUCGCACAUGCCUAAGAUUCAGUUACCGCCGUUCGAUGGUACAUAUUCGGAGUGGGAAACGUUCCGCGAUCGGUUCUCAUCUCUUAUCAUCAAUAACCCGUCGCUGAGGGAUUUCGCGCGCAUGCAUUAUCUUUCGUCCUCGCUGAAGGGCCGCGCGCUCGCUUGCCUUCGUGAUAUUUCCAUCACCGCAGACAAUUUUAAAUUAGCAUGGACUACAUUGUGCACGCGAUUCGACAACAAACGAAGGCUUAUCGCGUCUCACUUUUCCGCGCUCUUCGGAUUGUCGGCCCUCGCUAAAGAGUCGGCGUCCGAUUUGCAACUUCUUUGCGAUAAUUAUCAAAUUUCGGUCAGUUCACUUAAGAAUCUCGGUCGCUCUACCAGUGAUCUUUGGGACGAUUUCCUCGUGCACUCUCUCACUCAGAAGCUAGAUCCCGCCACCCGGAAGGCGUGGAAUCUUAAGACAAGCGACUCCGAAACUCCGCCUUCGUAUGAAGAAUUAAAUCGGUUUCUUACGAAUCGGAUCCGCGCGCUGGAGGAAUGCGCCUCCAAUUCGGUCGUUAAACCGCCUAAACCCGCGCCCGCGUCUCGCGUGCAUGUUGCGACUGCAUCUGCGUCCGGUUCGACAACUUGUCCGCUAUGUCAAGCGCGACAUUACUUAAGCGCUUGUGCAAAGUUUACUGCCCAGAAUCCGACUCAACGUCGCAAUACGGUCAAGCAAUUCAAGCGCUGCUUCAAUUGUUUGAGUGCCUCUCAUGUCGUUACCGAUUGUAAAAGCCAAUAUUCGUGUCGCUCGUGUAGCAAAAAACAUCACACGAUGCUUCACCUUGAUUCGGAUUCUGGACUCCCUACUGCAAAAUCGUCCGUAGAGAAAGCUCAAGUCGAUACUCCGGCGAUUCCCGUCGAAGUUAACUCGCAUCUCGCUUCCGCGAGUCCCCGCGCACGAUAUCAGGUCCUUCUAGCUACCGCUCACGUAAAGGUUACCUCCGACUCCGGUCGCGCUUCCGUUGUCCGGGCGCUAAUGGAUCAAGGCUCUGAAGCUACCUUUAUCUCUGAGUCCUUGGCGCAAUCUCUGCGCGCCAAGCGAAUUCGGAUGCCCGUGUCCGUUUCAGCUGUUGGCGGCGCUCAAGUGAGGAUGGUCCGCCACGCAACCGCUGUCUCCGUUUCGCCGACCACGUCGGAUACGCCGUCGCUUACCACGACGGCCCUCAUUCUCCCGUCGUUGACGUCGUACGUCCCCAAGCAGACGUCCGACAUCUCAUCCUUCGAUUAUCUGUCUCACUUAACAUGGGCUGAUUCGGAUCCGACAAGUUCCGAGUCAAUUCAUAUGAUCAUCGGCGCUGAUCUCUUCAGUGCAGUCAUUCGCGACGGCGUUCGAGCCGGCACGAUAAAUCAGCCGAUGGCUCAAAAUACCAUUUUUGGCUGGAUCAUUUCUGGCCCCCUCUCUACGGAGCGUUCCUCUCAUCGAACUGCCCUCCAUGUCACCACUCACUGUACCUCGCUAAAUACUCUCAGCGAGAGUAUUCAGAAAUUCUGGAUUACCGAGGAACUUCCUCAAUCCGGUCUUCUAUCUCCAUGCGAUCAACAGUGCGAGGAACAUUUUCUCGCCACCCAUUCUCGCGCGGCAAACGGACAAUACAUGAUGCGAUUGCCCUUUAAAUCCCCGCCGCCACUUGACAUCGGGUCCUCUCGGCAUAUCGCUGAGCGUCAGUUCACGGCCCUUUCAAGACGCCUUUCAUCUCAACCCGCAAUUCGCGACGAAUAUCACAAAUUUAUGCGUGAAUAUGAAGAGCUCGGUCACAUGCGUCGAGUAUCCGCGGCGAAUACGCCCGCAAGUCAGACCGUUUACAUCCCGCAUCAUCCGGUGUUUCGCGCUGACAGCGUUACCUCGCGUCUCCGAGUCGUCUUCAACGCCUCCAGUCAUACGUCCAACGGCACCUCUCUGAACGAUCACUUGCACGCCGGUCCGAAAUUACAAUCGGAUCUCCCGGCUAUUAUUUUACAGUGGCGUCAACACCGCUACGUUUACAUCGCCGACAUCGCCAAAAUGUACCGGCAAAUUUUGAUCGAUCCACGGGACCGCGAUUAUCAGCGGAUCAUCUGGCAGCCUGAGUCCUCAACCGCGUCCUCGAGUUAUCAGCUACUGACGGUCACCUACGGUAUGACCUGCGCCCCGUUUCUCGCGCUUCGCGUUAUCCAACGUCUCGUCACCGACGAAGGCCAUCGCUUUCCACGGGCUGUGCCCAUCCUUCAGCGCCACAUUUAUGUUGAUGAUGUGCUCUUCGGCGAUCACGAUAUCGCGUCGCUGAAACAAACGCGUGAUCAAUUGAUAUCUCUACUCGGACGCGGCCUCUUCGAAUUACGCAAGUGGGCGAGUAAUUCGUCCUCCCUAUUGGACGAUAUCAAUCCCUCGAAUCACGGUCUCGCUUGCAGCAAAGCCAUCGCUAGCGAUGAACAAGUUAAGAUCUUGGGCAUCGUCUGGAAUCCCUCUCGGGAUCUCUUUCAAUUCCGAGUUUGUCUAGAUCGCUCAGUUCCUCGGAGUAAACGCUCAAUUCUGUCGACUAUUGCUCGAUUGUACGAUCCUCUCGGGUGGGUGACUCCUGUCACAACCUCCGCUAAAAUCUUCAUGCAGCGGUUGUGGUGUUCCAAGCUCGAUUGGGAUACCGAGGUAUCCGGUAUCCUCAGCUCUCAAUGGCAAACUAUUUAUGCGAAGCUUACACAUCUGAAUGAGGUGACUCUCCCUCGGUGGACUGGAGUACAGCCAAAUUCAGCCGUCGAACUGCACGGGUUCUCCGACGCAUCCACGAUGGCGUACGCCGCCGUCGUCUAUCUCAAGGUCACCUCUCCGCCCAGUGCCCCGCACAUCUCACUACUCGCCAGUAAAUCGAAGGUCGCUCCGAUCUCUCCUCUUACUGUCCCGCGCCUCGAACUUGCCGCCGCGGUCAUUCUGUCCCGGCUCAUGAAGUUCAUUCGAACUUCGCUUCAUCUGGAAUCCGCGUCCUGUUUCUGUUGGACGGACUCCAUGGUCGUGCUCACGUGGUUACGGUCUCAUCCGUCUCGCUGGGCUACCUUCGUGGCAAACCGCGUUCACGCCGUUCAAACGAAUGUGAUGGAUGCCGUGUGGAGCUAUGUCCCCACGUCAAGCAAUCCUGCAGACUGUGCGUCCCGCGGUCUCCCCGGCGACGAAUUACUCUCUCAUCCACUGUGGUGGCACGGCCCACCUUGGUUAGCCUCCGCUCGCGACGAGUGGCCACCGGAACCGACUUCUUACAUUCCCGCCUCUCCGUUGGAAGAGAAAGUUGUCUCGCUCCAUUCGCAGGGGACUGCUUCGCAAUGGGAUCUCGCCGUCCGAUUCUCCUCGUGGUCCAAACUCGUCAACGUAACCGCGUAUCUCUAUCGCUUUAUUGACGCAUGUCGCCGACGGAACCGGGAUUCUACCCGACCCUCAUCAACCGCCGCUCCGCUUCGCAGCGACGAGUGCUAUAACGCCAAGAUCUUUUGGCUUAAAUACAUUCAAGCGACUCUUUUCCCUGCCGAACUCAGAGCGCUCUCCGCCGGCCGUCCUGUCGCGUCAGGUAGCCCAAUCUCGUCCCUCACUCCAUUCGUCGACAAGCACGGCGUUCUACGCGUGGGGGGACGGCUUCAACAAGCUCCUCUCCCUUACGACGUUCGACACCCUAUCCUACUUGCUUCGCAUCCGAUAGUGACGCUCUUAGUCCAGCGAGCUCACAUACGCACGCUGCACGGGGGGCUGCAGUUAACGCUUACCGCCCUUCGCUCCGAAUAUUGGAUCAUUCGAGCGCGAAGUCUCAUUAAAUCCGUCAUCCAUCGGUGUGUGGUGUGUGUCCGCGAACGCGCCUCAAUCCCGACCCAACUUAUGGGAAAUCUUCCUGCUGUGCGUGUUUCCCCACCCCCUCGAAGUUUCUCGCACUGCGGCGUUGAUUACGCUGGCCCGCUUCACGUGCGCGCAUCUGCCGGUCGGGGAGUCACCUCCCGUAAAGCCUACGUUGCUCUGUUUGUGUGUCUCUCCACGAGGGCCAUUCACUUAGAACUCGUUAGCGAUUAUUCCGCCUCCGCAUUCUUGGGAGCCUUUACGCGAUUUACAUCUCGGCGCGGACUGCCGCAAACGGUUUACUCAGAUAACGGCACUACUUUUGUUGGCGCUGAGAAAGAGUUAACCAUCGCGUACCGAGCAGCCCUUCGCGACGCUUCAUUUCAAAAUCAAACUGCGUCCGAUAACAUCUCCUGGCAUUUCAUCCCCCCCUCCGCCCCUCAUUUCGGAGGUAUCUGGGAAGCCGGCGUCCGCAGUAUGAAACAUCAUCUACGUCGUGUGCUGGGUAGUCAUACCCUCACAUUCGAAGAGCUCACCACGCUCCUUUGUAAAAUCGAAGCUUGCCUCAAUUCGCGCCCGCUCGCUCCCCUCUCCGACUCAGUCGAUGAUUAUCAAGUUCUUACUCCGGGUCAUUUCCUUAUCGGAUCUUCUCUCAUCACUCCUCCAGAGCCCUCGGUGCUCCAUCUGUCUGAAAAUCGGUUAUCACGGUGGCAACUCGUCCGCCACCUGACCGAACGAUUCUGGGCUAUCUGGACCAACGAUUAUAUAAACACGCUUCAACAACGCCGCAAGUGGCGCAAGGUUGAAAAUCCUCUUCCAGUCGGACGCCUUGUGCUUUUGCGCAAUCCGAAUUUGCCCCCCUGCAAAUGGGAAUUAGGUCGCAUAGCAAAGGUUCAUCCGGGCCCCGACGGGCUGAUUCGCGUCGUUACGGUUAAGACCGCCUCGUCAGAAUAUACUCGUCCGAUCGGAAAGCUCUGUAUCUUGCCGAUUGAAAGCGCUUCUCCAUAG